AUGCCAGCUCCAAUGUUUUUACGGGGUGCUGCCCCAUGGCGUAACACGCUUUCAUAUCUUGAAUCAGGUGCGAUUAUAUUUCGUCCAAUAGUACGAAUAUUUACUCUUAAUUAUACAUUUGAUAAACCGGAUUCUGAUGGUUUACGUCGUUUUAUAUUUUGGCAUUUAGCACAAAUUCAAUAUAAAAAUCCAACAGUUCAAUGUGUUCAAUUUAAAAAUACAACACCAACACCAUUUGUUUCAUUUUAUUUAUCUCGUUCAUCUUUGGAUAAUGAAACAACUACUUCAGAUAAUAAUUAUGAAAUUGUUCAUAUGGAUUGUUAUAAAAAGACAUCGAAUGAAAUUCAUGAUUCUAUUCGACGUGUUAUGGGAAAAAGUGAUUUACAACAACGUAUUGAUUCGGAAUUAACAGCACGAUUAGAAAAUCCAGCAAAUUUUGGAAAAGAUUGUGCACAUUAUUGUAUGUGUUUAGUUUAUGGACAAAUGUCAUGUUCAGGAAAGAAGAAAUUACCAGAACAUUUACGUGGAAAAUAUACACGAUAUAAAAUGGAUGAACUUGAAGAUUUAAGAAAGAAAGUUGCUGAUGAUGAUGCUUUAAAAGACUAUUGGAAAAGGCCGUUUUAG